AAAUCUAACAAAAGAAUCCUUGAAAACUUUCCCUUCUCCUUUUCUUUCUCCCAAAACCCACAGCAGCAAGUAAUGAGGUCAGUAUGCAUCCCCCACUUACCAAUUUCCCAUAAAUCCCCCUUUCUUGCAACCACCUUUCUUCCUCUAAAUCAACACCCACCUUUUCAAACUUCAAAUCUAUUUCAUCACAGAUCACAAAUCAAACAAAACCCCAUAACCAUCAUCACAUCAUCAUCAUCAUCAUCAUCAUCAAUGGCUUCAGCAACUCCAACAGAUAAAACUAUCGAAAAACCCUUCUCUGUUCUCUUCGUCUGCUUGGGAAAUAUCUGCAGAAGCCCAGCUGCUGAAGGUGUCUUCACUGACUUGGUCAAGAAAAGGGAUCUGUCUUCCAAAUUCCUCAUCGAUUCCGCUGGUACCAUCAAUUACCAUGAGGGCAAUCCAGCAGACUCACGAAUGAGAGCUGCCUCUAAAAAGAGGGGUAUCGAGAUCACAUCGAUAUCGAGGCCGAUACGGCCUUCGGAUUUCAAAGAAUUUGAUCUCAUUCUUGCCAUGGACAAGCAAAACAAAGAGGAUAUACUUGCAGCUUUAGAGAGAUGGGGUUUUAGAGAGGCAUUACCAGCUGAUGCAUACAAGAAGGUUAAGUUGAUGUGCUCUUACUGUAAAAAACAUGAUGAAACUGAAGUGCCUGAUCCUUACUAUGGUGGACCACAAGGUUUUGAGAAGGUGUUGGAUUUGUUGGAGGAUGCAUGUGAAUCGCUAUUGGAAACCAUUUUGGCUGAAUCAUAGAUGGCUCCAUUCUUGUUUUGCUUCUAUGGAUACCUCUUUGCUUCAUUUGUAACCAUAGAACUCGAUUUGCACUUAUUAUUCGUACUUUCAUUCUACCCGUUUUAAGUGAGAUGGGUUUGUGUGUUAGCAAUUUAGUGGGACUCACAACUUAUUUGGUCAA